ACACCCGCCGGAAGCAGCCGAGAGAAAGCAACAUGGCAGGCGUCCGAUGUCUUCUUUGGUUACCGAACCGGGCUUGCCUCAGGCUAGCUCUGCUUCAGCCGCCCGGCCUCUGCCUCUGCCGUGCUUUUCACGAGAAGGCCGCCAGCUCUGAGUUCAGGAGCAUCUACAGCCUGGAUAAGCUUUACCCGGAUUCCCGAGGCCGGGAGACUGCCUGGAGGGUCCCGGAUGAUGCAAAGGCCAGCACUGACAUUCCUAUAGAUCGCCUACAGAUAUCUUAUUCCAAGAGUAGUGGUCCUGGAGGGCAGAAUGUUAAUAAAGUAAAUACCAAGGCUGAAGUCCGGUUCCAUUUAGCAACAGCAGACUGGAUUGCAGAGCCUGUCCAGCAAAAGAUUGCUGUCUUGUUCAAAAACAAGAUCAGCAAAUCAGGAGAAUUGAUUAUUACCUCUGAUUCCAGCCGCUAUCAGUUUCGAAAUUUGGCAAAUUGCCUCCAGAAAAUUAGAGACAUGAUUGCUGAGGCCAGCCAAACUCCCAAGGAGCCAUCCAAAGAGGAUGCUGUGCUUCGAAGGAUCAGGGUAGAAAACAUGAAUCGUGAAAGGCUAAAACAGAAGAGAAUCAAUUCCACCAUAAAGGCAAGCAGAAAAGUAGAUAUGGACUGAGCUCAGCUUCCAACUGCCUGACGCCGACCUCUUCACUGGUUCUCAAACUGGUUUUGCUCAUGAUAUAGCAUCAUUCUUUGACAUGAGGAAUCAUGGCACACUGAACUUUUAAGUUAGAAAGGCUACAGAUCACCAGAAUAAGUUCCAUGCAAUUCAAGCAUAUCAGUGAGAAACUUAUGUCACACCCUUUGAGAACUUUGAGUCUAGCAACUGCAGUUGGCAGUCAUUUGAAGACACAAAGAGACUGUUCCCAGAGUAACAAAUAAAGGGAAAAGUGUACCUCUU